ACAUGUGGUCCCUGAACGCACCACCCGUCAGUGUGCUGUACUGAUGUGUGUGUGUGUGUGUGUGUGUGUUUCAGGACACUCAGGUGUGUCUGCAAACAUGAUGAAGAAAAAGAACUCGCACAAGAAGCAGAGGACCAGUGUUGGUCCCAGUAAAACCCUGACUCCUCCCAGGAGGAACAUCGUGGGCUGCAGGAUCCAGCACAUCUGGAAGGAGGGAAGUAAGUCGUCUCAGUGGAAGGGGACGGUCCUGGACCAGGUCCCCGUUAACCCCUCCCUCUAUCUGAUCAAAUACGACGGCUUCGACUGCAUCUACGGCCUGGAGCUGUACAGUGACGAGCGGGUGGUGGGGCUGGAGGUGCUGCCCGACAGAGUGGCUCCGGCCCGUGUGAGCGACUCGCUGCUGGCGGAGACGAUGAUCGGUAAAGCGGUGGAGCACAUGUUUGAGACGGAGGACGGGCCGAAGGAGGAGUGGCGGGGGAUGGUUCUGGCCCGAGCGCCCAUCAUGACGUCCUGGUUCUACAUCACAUACGAGAAGGACCCGGUUCUCUACAUGUACCAGCUGCUGGACGACUACAAGGAGGGAGACCUCCGCAUCAUGCCCGACUCCAACGACAGUGUGGCGGCAGAGCGGGAGCCCGGCGAGGUGGUCGACAGUCUGGUGGGCAAACAGGUCGAGUACGCCAAAGAGGACGGCGGGAAGAGGUCGGGUAUGGUCAUCCACCAGGUGGAGGCCAAACCCUCCGUCUACUUCAUCAAGUUCGAUGACGACUUCCACAUCUACGUCUACGACCUGGUCAAGACGUCCUAAGACCAGGAGACCUGGUCCAGAACGUCCCUCAAAGACUUGAUGAGUCCUGAUCCACCCCCACCAUUAACCCCCAGCCCCCCCGCCCAGUGAAGAAGAACCCCAGCUCGGGUUUAAAACGUCCUGAGACUCAUCACGAUCUGUGGAGACGCCAUUAUUUCUGUUCUUUACUCUCGACUUUGAUGAAAACGCCUUAAAAACAGAAAAGAAACAAAACGUUCCCCCGCGUUCAAACGACAAACCAGCUGCAGGUGGAGAGACGAGUGUCGACUCGUGUUCAUCAUCUUUAUCGGAUUUAUAGACGACCGGUGACUCUGAUGGUUUGGUGUGACUCCUGAGAGGACUCGAUCCUGAGACCCUCCAGUCGACACGUCAACAGAACAACCUCCGUCUCCUGAAACCCCGUCGAGGUGGGCGGGGCGUUCAGCUCUGAGUCUGACGGGGUCAAUGAAGGAACGAGACGUCAGGAUCCCCCUGAACUCUCUGAACCGCCAGGUUCCAUCGUUUGUCCCCAUCUGCCUUUACAGGGGCGGACAUGAGGAGCGCGUGUCCAAUCACAGAGCGGUACUGACCCCGCCCCCCGGUGGUCAGCUGUUGACUUACGGCUGUGGAGAAACCGGAGGACACGAACUCUUUCAUCAUCUGAUCCCCACAUUUCCCACAAUGACUUUCAGCUGUCAGACGUACGUGAUCGUAGAGGAACCGUCGCGUCGCUCAUGGCGUCGUUUUCCUCGCGACGAUUUUAAGUUGAACUUUUUUUUAAUGUGUUUGUUUCUGGUUCAGUUUCAUUUUUCAACAAAAAGCUUCGACUUGUGUGUUUUUUUUGUUGUUUUUUUCAUCUGAUGUUUUUAUAUUUGUGCCAAAAUAUUUCCAGGAAGUAUUAAGUGUUUUUGAGCCUCGGUGAAAAAGAUCAUUAUGAUGAUGCUGCAUCAGUUAAAACUUUAAACACCAUUUAAUGAAUGACUGUAAAUGUGAAAUACUGGGGGGGGGGUGUAAGUUUCUCUCGGUUCUGAAUUGAUCUGUCCACAAGUUUAUUAAAAAACAAAACGUGAGCAGAAUUAAAAGAUAUUCCCCCUCACAGAUUGCCCCCCCCCCCACCGCAGGUUCCGACGCUGGACGUUUAAUAAAAAUCUGCAGUUUUUCUGUUUUCA